UCCUAACACAAAUACCAAAGCAUGCAAGAAACAGUUGCAGACACGGCUCCCCCCUCCCAAAACCCCACGGCGGACUUUGACUGGUCUAGCUACGUAACUGUCGAAGGAACUCACAUAAACUUCCCUCCGCCGCCGGCGGUGGAGAACAGUACCCCGGCGCCCCAACGCUACCGUUACCCCGUCACAGUCUCCGUUCGCCUCGUCCACCCCUUACCCAACAAUCGUGGAUUAUUAAUUGCCCCCGACGUCGUAGGAUACAAAGCGUCCAAGGACUUUUGGCUGAGCCGCGGCGGCGAAUCCUCCGUUGACUCCGCCGCCGACUGGUCCGUCGACCACUUGAACGUGACUCACAACCUCCCCGGGGUCGAAAUCGUCAACUGGUUGGUCGAGCACGUGAGCGUGCCUUACAGCCUCAGAGGAGUUGAACUUUUCUGGCACGAAACACCCGUUGAUGACUGGGACAGCAUGGCCGCCCUCGUCCACGGGUUUCUCCGGCGAGUGACGGCGGCGGGACUCCGCGGCUGCGGGGUGAACUAUUUGAAGAUCACCAAGUACGUGAGCUCGCCAGAGGAGAUGAGGAAAGCACUGACUGAGGUGAGGGUAAUGGAGGUGGGGAAGAAGGUGCGGGUGGAGAAGGCUAUAGAGAUGGUGACGGUGGAAGAGUGCGGCGGCGGCGGCGGCGAGGAGGCCGUGGCGUGCGGAGUUUGUUUGGGGGAUUUGUGUGAUGGUACGGCGGUGGUGGGGUUGGCCGGUUGCCCGCACCGCUUCCACGAGGGUUGCAUUUUGGAGUGGUUUGUGCAGAGUAUGUCCUGCCCGCUUUGUCGCUUCCGCAUACAGAUCUCCGCCGCCGCCGACGCAGCUCGAAACAAUGGGUGAUUUGUAUGUUCUCUUUUGUUUUCCUGGUUGUGGAUUGCAUUUGUUUUAACUUUUUCAAGUCUGAUUGUUCAAAUUGAUUCCAAAUAAAUAAAGAUAUUCUUCUUUG